AAGUCUUUUCAAGUCAAAGAGGCUCCAUCACUUCCUCCUUCCAUUCUCUCUCUAGAUUCCUCUUUUGCACUGUUACUUUCCAUGGCAUUGAAUCUCGAGAAUAAGGCGAAAGAGGCUUUCAUUGAUGAUCACUUCGAACUCGCUGUUGACCUCUAUUCUCAAGCUAUUGAGAUGAGCCCUAAGAACGCCGAACUCUUUGCUGACCGUGCUCAGGCCAACAUUAAACUCGGAAGUUACACGGAGGCUGUUGCUGAUGCAAAUAGAGCAAUUGAGCUGAAUCCUUCAUUGGUUAAGGCGUAUUUGCGAAAGGCCACUGCAUGCAUGAAACUUGAAGAGUACCAGACUGCUAAGGUUGCUCUGGACAAAGGAUCUUCACUAGAUCCAGGAAACACAAGGAUUACUAAUUUGAUCAAGGACUGUGAAGUGAAGAUAUCAGAUGAAGACCAGAAGUUAUCCAAUCAGUUGAAUAAAACUCUUUCAAAUGGUGCAGUAACUUCUAGUUCAACAUUUAUUGGGAAUAAUGCAACAGUUGCAAAUGCUCCUCAGCCUACUCUACUUUCUUCAGCCAAACCAAAGUAUAGGCAUGAGUAUUACCAGAAAUCAGAUGAAGUGGUCGUAAACAUAUUUGCCAAGGGUGUACCAGCAAACAGUGUUACCGUCGACUAUGGUGAACAAAUUCUUAGUGUCAGGAUAAGUGUUCCUGGGCAGGAUGCAUACAUUUUACAGCCUCGGCUAUUUGGGAAGAUAAUUCCUGAAAAGUGCCGGUAUGAAGUCCUUUCCACUAAGAUUGAGGUUCGACUUGCAAAAGCUGAAGAUAUAAGUUGGCCAUCUCUUGAAUUCAACAGUAGUAGGAAUGUAAUAACUCAGGCUGCAAAAGUAUCAUCAGCCACCUAUAAACCUAGUUAUCCUUCGUCCAAGCCUAAAAGAGUCGACUGGGAUAAACUAGAAGCUGAAGUAAAGAAGGAGGAGAAAGAAGAAAAAUUAGAUGGAGAUGCAGCUUUGAACAAAUUUUUCAAGGACAUAUACAAGGAUGCAGAUGAAGACACGAGAAGGGCCAUGCAGAAAUCUUUUACCGAGUCAAGUGGGACAGUUUUGUCUACAAACUGGAAAGAAGUUGGUUCCAAGAAGGUUGAAGGAAGCCCUCCAGAUGGCAUGGAGGUUAAAAAAUGGGAAUACUGAGUUUUUAUUUUCUUGUCCAUUUGCUUUGUGUUUUCUCUUUCUCCCUCUCUUCUUUUCUAAGGAAAAGAUUGAUCCUCUUUGAAUUAUUUCUAAUUUUGAUGAUUGUAUCUUGCUUAUAAACUCCUAGACUUGGAAUGCCAUUUCUGAUAUUUCAAGGUGAUCAUGAAUGUUUUAAAUUGUAUAUCAUUUUAAUUGUCAAACCAAUUUCUGGA